UCAUAAAUCCGAACCACUCAAAAUUUCUGUAACCCCAAACUUUUUUUACCAACAUUCCGAAAAAUCCGGCAAUUUCUUCGAAUCCCAACAACGGCGGCUCUGUCAGUCCCCGCCGGAAAACGAACCCUUUAGCUUUUCCGGCCGCCGGUGAACCAUGGCUGCUUCUUCGCCGCCGCAGAUUUGGGGCUUCGAUUAUGAUCUCAUUGAGAGCAUCCCCGUUCCUGGCGGCGACUUGCCUUCUCUUGACCCGCCCGGUUUCUCGUGGGGCUCCGAUUCAUUUCCGGCUCCGACUGGCCCAAGCAUGGACUUUGAUGGCUCAUUUAGAAAUUCCGAAAUUAUGAAGGAAACUGGGUCAAACAAACGUGCGAGGUCUGGAUCAUGCAAUGUGUCUGGUUCCAAAGCCUGUAGAGAGAAAAUGAGGAGGGAUAGAUUGAAUGACAAGUUCCUGGAAUUGAGUACUAUCCUUGAGCCUGGAAGGCCACCUAAAACUGACAAAGCUGCUAUAUUGGUUGAUGCUGUUCGAAUGGUGAAUCAGUUACGUGGGGAAGCCCAAAGUCUGAAGGAGUCGAGUGAGAGUCUGCAGGAGAAGAUAACUGAAUUGAAGGCUGAGAAGAACGAACUUCGUGAUGAGAAGCAGAGGCUAAAAGCAGAGAAAGAGAACCUUGAGCGGCAAAUUAAAGCCUUGGGAACACAACCAGGCUUCUUGCCUCACCCUGCUGCGAUGCCAGCUCCAUUUUCGGCCCCCGGCCAAGUUGUUGGCGGGAAACUGAUGCCAUUCAUGGGAUACCCUGGAGUUUCUGGAUACCCUGGAGUUUCUAUGUGGCAGUUCAUGCCCCAGGCUGCAGUUGAUACCUCACAAGAUCAUGUUCUCCGUCCCCCAGUUGCCUGAGAUGGUGGCUUUUAUUAACAUGUGACCAGUGUUUAAUCAAGCACGGCCAAAUGUUUGUCCUUUUCUCUUCUUUUCCUUAGCUGUUAAAAGUGUUACAUAAAAUUUGAUUUAGAGGAUGACAAGGGAAGGGAGACAAUAAUGCAUUGCUUUGGAUAAGUUGUACUUCUCAUUGGAUCAAUUUCGUUAAUAUAAUUUGUCAAUUUUGACCUGUUAACUGU